AGCAUUCGACAUAGCUCGGCUCGUGCUCAGCAUUCGCGCCGUCGACCACAUACGUCAGCAUGGACCGGAUCUCUUCAGGAACACAUCUCAUGUCAUCUGCGCUGGCGUUGCUGGUCCUCCUGCCGGGUACAGACUCCUGGACCUGUGAAACGUGUUCCUGUACCGGAUUCGGUGGUGCCUUCACCUUGAAGAGGAGAAUCGUCGACUGUGGAGGCAAACUUCGCGAGGGAGGAUCCACUCUUCAACUCGAUGGUCUUCGAGAUGUGGUCCAGUUGCAGCUCUCCAGCAACGAGAUGGCCUGGCUACCGAAAGACGUCUUCGGGGAGCUGAAGAACCUGACGAAGUUGGACUUAUCGUCAAAUCUCCUCCGUGGAGUCGAUCCACGUGCCUUCCAGGGUCUGCCGAGUCUGCAGAUCCUUGACUUAUCUGGUAACCAAUUAAAAUCUCUUGACCCCACUUGGUUCCAAGGAAAUCCUGGCCUGACCGACCUUAACUUACAUGGUAAUCUCCUCGAGUCCUUCGAAUGGAGUUCCGAGGAAGUGUUCUCUGGACUUCUUCGUCUGGACCUCUCUUACAACAACCUGAAGACGUUGUCUGCGAGCUCCUUCGAGUCGACUCCCAGGAUAACGCACCUGGAUCUUUCUUUUAAUCGCAUCCGUGAAGUGGAGGAAGGCUGCUUGCUUGAUCUGGAACAAUUGGUUUCGUUAAAUAUCAGUAACAACAAUAUCACGAGAUUGUUAUGGUCCGAGCUUCCAGUUACAUUGACGCGGCUAAACGCGGGCUACAAUCUUAUCGAGGAGGGUCCGCGUAAUUUAUCCUUCAUCCAAGUCCUUGAUAUCGCGUUUAACAAUGUCAGCGAUUUUAACGUCAUCGAGGACUCGGUUCAGGGAUUGACAUCCCUUAAUGUUAGUGGGAAUAGACUGACCGAUUUCCCGAGUUACUCCCUUGAUAAUUUGGAGACUCUGGAUGUCUCUGAUAACAGUAUUACCAGGAUACCGGAGUCCUUCAGGGCGGAUCGUCUCCCUCGACUGAGGGAUCUCCUCAUCAGUGGGAAUCCCAUUAAAAAGUUGUUCUUCAAGGAAGAAAUUCGGUUAAAAAAGCUCGUCGCCAGUAGGCUACCUCUUUUGGAGGCGAUCGAUGCUUAUGAUCUCUCCAAGAUUAGCAGCUGGGAUCCUGAAGGAUGUAUUGAUCUUGUGAUCUCUGGCAAUGGGAGGCUGAGCUUCAUCCACGAGGACGCUUUCGAGUCCUUCGACGUUUGUUAUAUGAACCUCAGUUACAACAAUCUCUCGCAAGUGCAUCCGAAGCUUUUCAACCUUGAAAGUAAACACGUGGAAAAGUUCGGAAUUGAUAUCCAGGGGAAUCCCUUCUUUUGCAAUUGCACUUUGCAGUGGAUGGUGGACACUUUCGUGCCCCUGCUAUAUUCCACUCAUCAGGGAUUGUUGGUCGACCUCAGGUGCGCAUCACCUGCAAGCCUAAGAAACAAGAGAAUGGUGCAUUGGUACAAAUGGCCAGGACGAGUCCUUUGCGGGGACAAGUCGGCUCCAUUGUUGGAAAGAGCGGUCCAGGAUGUUCCUGAGGAGACGAAGAUCAACAUCAAGGGAAGCACCGGGAUGAUAAUCGUGUUAAUCGGAGCAACCGUGCUCCUCUCAUUGCUAGUCAUCGUAGGAAUUGUGCUCGCAAAAUGGAAGGCCAAAAAGCGGUCCCGACAAAACCGGAGAUUUUAAGAUCAUUUCCUCGUGAAUCGCCUUACAAAACUGACAUACACCCCCCCUCGCAGUAUUUUUCUAAUAAACAUUUAUAUUUAA